CUACUUUCAAACCUACACAUUCUGACUGGGAUAGACUGACUGUGUGUGAUGCACUUUUGUUUGAACCCAUCCCUGUCUUACUUCUCCAUCAGGCGUCGUCAUUCAAGUACAUAAUUCGUGACUGACACUCGCAGUUUUCAUCCCGUCCCCUCAUCAAAGCCCCACCUCCGCUUCAGCGUGGAACUGCUUCCCCCCCCCCUAAAUCAUCCCACUAGUUCCCGAUCGCGCUUCCGGCUCCUCCACAGCUGCUUAGCUGCAGUGUUAUUUUUCUUUGCCCCUGUCGCAUCUACCCUCGAUUGAUUCGACCGCUCCAAGCACCAGGCGCCUGUGCACAACAUCCACCACUCGAUAAACAUUGCAGGAACAAUGUCGGCUACAGGCAGUCCCAUCGAGCAGAAGCUCCCGGAGCGUACGGCGACCAUCGGGAGUACCAUGACCCGACGGACCUCGGGCAGUGACGACGAGGCCAUUCCUGACUCCGACAGCAAUGAGACGACCAACCUCCUCCUUGAACGUCUUCGGGCUUGGAAGCACAUGUGUGGAUACCUCGAGGACUAUGUUUCGUCCACCGCCAAGUUCUCAAAGUCGCAGGCGAAGGAUUUUGAGAAGGUCUUGAAGACUGUCAAUGAGCCGCUCCGGGAAGGACACCAUUUCUCCCAGAGCGUGGGUGGAGUCGCUUCGUGGUUCGAGAAUAUCCGCUCUAAUACUCAGGGUAUGGUCAACCUGUACCUCGACUCGGAAAAGAAUUUGAAGGGGUCUGUACUACCGACCCUCGAGCGCCUCCACAAGGAGAUCAAGGCCAAGUCCAAAGAGCUUCAGGGUGGCGCUGCGAAGGGCGCCAAAGCUGUUGACAAGGCACGCGGUGUCACUCAGAAGCAUAUUGAACUGCUUGCGCAGCACACAGCCACGCUCGAUGCAGCACACGGUAACAAGAUUGACACCGCUCAUGACCCCUACAUCCUGCGGAGGGGUGUCGUUCAUCGCCUGAACAAGCAGGUCAUCGAGGAGAACAACAACCGUCAAGACAUUAUCGCAGUGCAGAACAACUUCCAGCAAUUCGAGGCUCAUGUCCUGCAAACCGUCCAGAGCGCCAUGGAGCAAUUCACCAUCUACAUGAGCAACCAGCUCGACCGCCAUCGGGCCAUGUACAGCGACAUACUGUCCAACGCUCAGCGCGUUCCUCCCGAUUUCGAAUGGGUCAACUUCAUGACCAGAAAUGACCACAUUCUCGUCAAUCCGGACGCACCUCCGAGAUCCCUCUCCAACAUCACCUUCCCCAACCAGGACCACCGUGCUACCAAGCCGCUCAUUGAAGGCCUCCUUGAGCGUAAGUCCCGCGCCAUGCUCAAGGGCUACAGCAGUGGAUACUAUGUUGUGACCCCCGCCCGCUACCUGCACGAGUUCAAGGACAACGAUGACCUCCGAAAGGACCCCCAUCCUGAACUGUCCCUGUACCUUCCCGACUGCGUGAUCGGUGCCAUCGACGGCGUCAAGUUCAACGUCAAGGGCAAGGAUGUCUCCGGCGGCAAAGUCGGAAACGCCUUUCACACCAACACCGAGUUGAGCUUCAAGGCCACCAAUCCGAACGAGGCCGAGAAAUGGUGGACCAUCAUCAAGGACGCCACUCGUGGUCCCAUGCACACGAGCAGCAGCACCGCGACAUCGCCGACUACCCCUGCCGCCAUCGAUACGAACCAGCCCCCGGCCUACGCCGAGAAGGAAGCUGCUUCCGCCGGCGGCGUCAGCCAGGCCCAGACCCCCGUCACCCCUGCCAGCGCCGCCCCCACCAGCGCUGCGCCCGCCGGCAUCACCCGCACUGAUACCAGCGGUACCGGCACUCUGCCGACCACCGCCAACCCCACGACCGCUACAGCGUCUGGCGCCCAAGUCCCUUCGCCUAUUGUUGAGAAGACCGCCUGAGAGAGCUCUGUCGGUCUUGCGAUUCCAAUCCUACUUUUUGGAUUCCAGCCGGUCCUUGCUACUUUCUGUUUUGCUCAAGUUUGUUUGGCGGUGACCCAUUUCGCCUUUCGUCUCUGAUCUUCCCAAGCGCCAUAUUUCCACCCAUUUGACUACCUCCAGUUUACUACUGCAGCGCGUAACGUGACGUAUGUAUGUGGGUGUUUCUUAUGUCUGCUUUCCACUCACCGAGCACUGCCCUACUGUUACUCUAGAAAGUCUUGGGUUCUAAUGUAUUUAACUUUUGACUGUUGAUGCUUUUGUUACUAAUCUGGCUAAUGAGCCCUCCCCAUCUGAUGUAACAUUUAAGUAAUGCAGUA